UAACAUGCGACAUAACCUUAAUAUAAUUUAUAUACAACAAUUUGUAAAACGUGAUAACCAGCGCAUUUACUUCACCUUGGCAUUGUUUUGUAACAGAAAGCGUACAGUAAAUAAAAAAAAGAUGGCCAGUGAUACAAAACGAAUUUCAGGGCCGGAAUCAACGCCAUAUCAUUUGAGUAGCCGACAGAAAACACAAUCGUACCAAGAAAAAUUGGCAACAAUAUUAGAAGGCGGUCAACGGCAAGAUAAACGGAAAUUUGAAGAAGCCCGAAAGAUUUUUUUGAAGCUCAAUGUUAUAUCAAAGGCAAAAGGAUCAGCAUACAUCGAAAUGGGAAAUACAAAGGUGAUUGUUUCGGUGUUCGAUCCACGUGAGGUGGCCAAUAAACAGAAUAAUUUCAACUCAAAUGGUGAAUUGUAUUGUGAAUUUAAGUUUUCACCGUUCGCCACAAAGCGACGAGCCAUUAAAAAUGACGUAGCUGAAAAAUCAUUGGCACUUUCACUAAAACGGGCCCUAUUGCCGGCCGUAUGUCGAUAUGCUUUUACAAAUUUUCAAGUAGACAUUUAUGUGAAUAUAAUUGAAGACGAUGGUUCCGUAUUGGCGGCAGCCAUCACAGCAGCCGGUUUGGCUAUAUCCGAUGCUGGUAUUCCAAUGUAUGAUUUGGUGACAGCAACAUCGGUAGCAAUUGUUGACAAUCAAGUGUUGGUUGAUCCAACAAAAGACGAAGAGGAUGUAUGCACCAGCGUUGAUUUGGAUCAAGAGCAUGGUUUGAUUGUGAUGUCUUCAUUAUACACACUCGAACAAGUGUCGGAGUUUUGGUGUUGCGGAUUGAUGAGCAGUAAAACGGUAUCUCGAUUAACGGAAGUGCUUCGUGAGCACAACAAACAGAUCGUACCAAUUAUUCAACAGAUUUUAGUUAAUAAAGUAAAAAACAGUAUCGAUCAAAGUGAAAAUCACAAAAAAUCGACUUAAACAAAUAGUUUCGUUUUGGGAAAGUCUUUU